CACCCCGCGGGGGCAGACUGUGCGCGCUCGCCUGCGGAGCACCCCUCUGGCUUUUCGGUCUCACGGACGGACGGACGGACGGACGCUCAGGCUCUGCUCUCGCCUUCGCUCAACUCGCUUUCCCGCUUCUCCGGCUCAGGCUUCCCUCCACUCCCAGCUCUUUCCCCCUCCACUUUCCCCUCCUCUACCUCCCUCGCCACAAACCCCGGCCCCCCCAUCCUUUCCCCCAGCCCUCGCCCGUCUCCUGUCCCCACUUCCACGUCUGGCCCGUUGGCAGCUCAGACUUCCCGAGCGUGCCUGACUCAGUCGCCCGCACCGGUGAAGCUCGAAGCCAUGGCGGGACCUGGGGGUUGGAGGGACAAGGAGGUCACGGAUUUGGGCCACUUGCCGGAUCCAACAGGAAUAUUCUCACUGGAUAAAACCAUCGGCCUUGGUACUUAUGGCAGGAUCUAUUUGGGACUCCACGAAAAGACUGGCGCAUUUACAGCUGUUAAAGUGAUGAAUGCUCGUAAGACCCCUUUGCCUGAAAUAGGAAGGAGAGUGAGAGUGAAUAAAUAUCAAAAGUCUGUUGGGUGGAGAUACAGCGAUGAGGAAGAAGAUCUCAGGACUGAACUCAACCUUUUGAAGAAAUACUCUUUCCACAAAAACAUCGUGUCCUUCUAUGGUGCAUUUUUCAAGAUGAGCCCCCCUGGCCAGAGACACCAACUUUGGAUGGUGAUGGAGUUAUGUGCAGCAGGCUCAGUCACUGAUGUGGUGAGAAUGACCAGGAAUCAGAGUUUAAAAGAAGACUGGAUUGCUUACAUUUGCCGAGAAAUCCUUCAGGGCUUAGCUCAUCUUCAUGCUCACCGUGUAAUUCACCGGGACAUCAAAGGUCAGAAUGUGCUACUGACUCAUAAUGCUGAAGUAAAACUAGUGGAUUUUGGAGUGAGUGCCCAGGUGAGCAGAACUAAUGGGAGGAGAAAUAGCUUCAUUGGAACACCAUACUGGAUGGCUCCUGAGGUGAUUGACUGUGACGAGGACCCGAGACGCUCCUAUGAUUACAGAAGUGACGUAUGGUCUGUGGGAAUCACUGCUAUUGAAAUGGCUGAAGGGGCUCCUCCCCUGUGUAAUCUUCAGCCCUUGGAAGCCCUCUUCGUUAUUCUGAGGGAAUCUGCUCCCAAAGUCAAAUCCAGUGGAUGGUCCCGCAAGUUCCACAAUUUCAUGGAAAAGUGCAUGAUAAAGAAUUUCCUAUUUCGUCCUACUUCUGCAAACAUGCUUCGUCACCCAUUUGUUCAGAAUAUAAAAAAUGAAGGACAUGUUGUUGAGUCAUUAAAGAAGCAUCUUAUUGGCAUUAUUAAAAAGAGACAGAAAAAAGGAAUACCUCUGGUCUUUGAAAGAGAAGAAGCUAUUAAGGAACAGUACACCACCAGGAGAUUCAGAGGACCUUCUUGUACUCAUGAGCUUCUGAGACUGCCAACCAGCAGUAGGUGCAGACCACUGAGAGUCCUGCAUGGAGAACCUUCUCAGCCAAGGUGGUUACCUGAUCGAGAAGAGCCACAGGUGCAGGCACUUCAUCAUCUACAGGGAGCAGCCAGGGUGUUCACGCCACUAAAGGCUCAGGACAAUGGUCCUAGGCCUCUUCAGGGGCAAGCCCAGGCACCACGGCGCCUCCACGGGGCAGCUCAGGUGUUCAUGCCACUGCAGCCUCAGAUUAAGGCUAAGUCAUCUAGGCCCAUACCAAUGCAGCUCAAGGCACCUCCACGACUUCGUAGGACAGCCAAGAUGCUCAUGCCACUACAGGCUCAGGUUAAGGCACCUAGGCCUCAACAGAUACAGGCCCAGGUACCCAAAGAGUGUCAGCCCCAGCCCCAGGCCCAACCCCAAGUGGUAGAAAAGCCACAGGAUCUGGACCAGGUACCAGAGGAAUUUCAGAGGCAAGAUCAGGUACCUGAACAACAAAGGCAGGGCCAGGCCCCUGAACAACAGCAGAGACAGAACCAGAUACCUGAACAGCAAAUGGAGCAGAACCAGGUACCCGAACAGGCAGAGGUACAGGAACAGGCUGCUGAGCCCCCACAGGCAGAGACUGAGGCAGAGGAACCUGAGUCUUUACGAGUUCAUGCCCAGGUGUUCCUGCCCCUACUGUCACAGAACCACCAUGUGCUGUUGCCACUACACUUGGAUACUCAGGUGCUCAUUCCAGUUGAGGGGCCAACUGAAAGGUCACCACAGGCACAGGCCUGGGCUCUAGAGCCCCCACAGGCAGUUGGCUCAGUGCAAGCACUCAUAGAGGGUCUUUCAAGAGAUUUACUUCGAGCACCAAACUCCCAUAACUCGAAGCCACUUGGUCCACUCCAAACUUUAAUGGAAAACCUGUCGUCAAACAUAUUUUACUCUCAGCCAGAGCAGGCACGUAAGAAAAAAUCAAAAGUUUCUAGUCUGAGGCAGGCAUUGGCAAAAAGACUAUCACCAAAGAGGUUCCGAGCAAAAUUAUCACGGAAACCUGAAGAGUUUGAGCUCUCAGAUUUAGAAGCCCGCAGGCGAAGGCGCCAGCGCAGAUGGGAGGAGAUCUUCAAUCAGCAUGAGGAAGAAUUGAGACAAGUUGCAGACGACAAAGAAGAUGAAUCCUCAGACAAUGAUGAAGUAUUUCAUUCAAUUCAGGCUGAAGUCCAAAUAGAACCCUUGCAGCCGUACGUUCCAAAUACUAAAGGAAAUGAUGUCCAAGAGAGAUCUUCUAUGCCUUGCAACCAGGAUCGUGCACAGCGGGUUAAGUUCUCUCCAAGUGUUCCUCAUCGGUCUCUUUUGGAACAAGCUCAGAAGCCCAUUGACAUCAGACAGAGGAGUUCUCAAAAUCCUCAAAAUUGUCCAGCACCAUCAGAAUCUUCUUCUGAAGAAGAGAGCCCUGUGACUGGAAGGAGGUCCCAGUCCUCACCUCCUUAUUCUACAAUUGAUCAGAAGCUGCUGGUUGAUGUCCAUGUUCCAGAUGGAUUUAAAGUAGGAAAAAUAUCACCCCCCGUUUACUUGACAAAUGAAUGGGUGGGCUAUAAUGCACUCUCUGAAAUCUUCCGGAGUGAUUGGCUGACUCCUGCACAUGUCAUUCAGCCACCUGAAGAGGAUGGUGAUUAUGUUGAACUCUAUGAUGCUGGUGCUAAUACUGAUGGUGGUGAUGAUGAUUCUAAUGAUGUUUAUGAGGAUACUUAUGACCAUGACAAUGGCCAUGAUGAUUUGAAUAACCAGACUGACCAGGCUGAUGAUGUUGGUGAAGACCAUGAUGACGGUAACAAUGAUGAGGCUGUUGAUGAUGAAGACAAUAAUCAUGAAUAUGCUCCUAUUUGGCCAAGGCCAGGCUAUGGCAAUGAUGAAAGCUGCAAGCAAGAUGGUAGAAAUGGAAAUGAUGGAGGAGAAGGAUCCUGCAGCAACUAUGGAAGUCACCGAAACAGAAGAAGCCAAGGAGACGGUGCAGCCAGUGGGGUCAGUGCAGCGAUUGGAGAGCAGGAAGGACAAGGAGCCAAUACAGAUGGUGGAAGAAGAGGGAUAGAUGGUGAUGGAGGCAAGGGAGCUAGUGGAACCAAUGAAGAAAGUGAAGCCCUUGAACUCAAUGGAGAAAAUGGCUCAGAGAUAGAUGAUCUGGGAUUGGAGAGAGCAGCAUCUCAGGACUUUGGACAUCAACAGGAGGUGUCAGGUGGUAAAAGUGAGGCUUCAAAUGCCAUUGCCUUGGGCCCUGCACUCGCAGCACCUGGUGACGAGAGUGACAGUAUGGACAUAUCAGAGGUAUCAACGGUGUCAGGAUUUUCUGCCAGCUACUCGUCUCCAUCCAAUGGUUCUGGGACUGCAAAUGCUGACUUUGCCAGUGCCAUCUUAUAUGCUGGAUUAGUGGAAGUACCUGAGAAAUCACCUGAGCAACCCUCUGAAGUCAAUGUCAACCCACUCUAUGUCUCUCCUACAUGUAAAAAACCACUAAUCCACAUGUAUGAAAAGGAAUUCACUUCUGAGAUCUGCUGUGGUUCUUUGUGGGGAGUGAAUUUGCUGUUGGGGACCCGAUCUAAUCUGUAUCUGAUGGACAGAAGCGGAAAGGCAGAAAUUACUAAACUCAUAAAACGAAGGCCAUUCCGUCAGAUUCAAGUUGUAGAGCCACUCAAUUUGCUGAUUACCAUCUCCGGCCAUAAGAACAGACUCCGGGUGUAUCACUUGACCUGGCUGAGGAACAAGAUUUUGAAUGAUGAUCCAGAAAGCAAAAGAAGACAGGAGGAAAUGCUAAAGACAGAGGAAGCCUGCAAAGCUAUCGAUAAGUUGACAGGCUGUGAACACUUCAGUGUCCUCCAACAUGAAGAAACAACUUACAUUGCAAUUGCUUUGAAAUCAACAAUUCACCUUUAUGCAUGGGCACCAAAGUCUUUUGAUGAAAGCACUGCUAUUAAAGUAUGCAUUGAUCAAUCAGCAGACUCCGAAGGAGACUACAUGUCCUAUGAAGCCUAUAUACGAAUACUGGCAAAAAUACAGGCAGCUGAUCCAGCGAACCGGUUUAAGAGACCAGAUGAGCUACUUCAUUUGCUGAAACUCAAGGUAUUUCCGACAGUUGGUCAUAAGCCAGUGACAGUUGACCUGGCUAUUGGUUCUGAAAAAAGACUAAAGAUUUUCUUCAGCUCAGCAGAUGGAUAUCACAUCAUCGAUGCAGAAACUGAGGUUAUGUCUGAUGUGACCCUGCCAAAUAACCCCCUGGAAAUCAUUAUACCACAGAAUAUCAUCAUUUUACCUGAUUCCCUGGGAAUUGGCAUGAUGCUCACCUUCAACGCUGAAGCCCUUUCUUUGGAAGCAAAUGAACAACUCUUCAAGAAGAUUCUCGAAGUUUGGAAAGACAUACCAUCUUCAGUGGCUUAUGAGUGUACACAGAGAACCACAGGAUGGGGCCAGAAGGCCAUUGAAGUUCGCUCUUUGCAGUCAAGGCUUCUGGAAAGUGAACUGAAGCGCAGAGCAAUCAAGAAGCUGAGAUUUCUGUGUACCCGAGGUGAUAAGCUGUUCUUUACCUCUACCCUGCGUAAUCGCCACAGCCGCGUUUAUUACAUGACCCUUGGAAAACUUGAAGAGCUCCAAAGCAAUUAUGGUGUUUAAAAGGUUUCAAUGAUUUACGAUCACAUUUACAAACAUCAUAAAUAUGCAAUUUGCAUCUUAAAAUUUCUGAGAUUAAAUGAGUAUUCAGUUUUAUUGUUAGGGGAAAAUUACAUCAGAUACUUAACUUUUAAUGUAGCACAGAAUAGUUUUAAUGAGAAAUGCAGCUUUAUAUAUAAAAUUAACUAUAGCAAGCUCUAUGUACUCCAGUGGUGUACAAUGUCUUUUGCACAAUCUUUGUAACUUUUGUUACUGUGAAUUCAAUUCAAACAUUACUCUGGACAGUUUGAAAAGUGUCUCUAUCCAGAUUUUACAACAUGGAGGUGAAAAAAACCUGUAAUGAGUUAUAUUCCAAGCAACUUUCAAAAGAAUUGGCCCUGAAUGAGAUUUUUUUUAGAAAAAAAUAAAAUUAGCAACAAACCACGUGCGAAUUUGCAAAGUCCUAUAACAAACCAAAGGUUAGAUUACGAAAUCAAAAUAAUGAGCACUAUGCUAUAAACCAGACUAAGGUUGAACAACCUGCCUGCUUGGAAAAAAACUAAAGGCCACCCAUUUCCUCACUGUCCAUGACAGUUAAGCCACAGCUAGAGACCAGUUGUAUUCUUUUCACUCCCAUGUUAAGCUGGUUUUCUCCCGAUAUGAAGAAAUGAAGAAAGCCUCUGAUGCUUGAUUUUCCUCAGAACUCCCAAAGAUGUGCAAUAGCUGUUUUUAUAAACCACCAAAUAAUACACUUGCAAGCCUGAAUACAGGACUGAACUCCUAUACAUGUACUGUAGGGUUAGGAUUUUAAAAAAUACUUUAAAGUAGGCGUCAAAAUCUGCCCCCAGGACACAUUGGUUGACUUAUCAAAAUUCUUACCUGUUUGACAGUGUGACCAUCAGACAGCAUGAACUGUUUUUCCACUCCUAGAUUCCACCAAUUAAAAACUUCCCUCCUAUUCUUAAACAAAAACAACAGAAAUGCAACCACAAAAACCUUGGCUGCUAAUACUUGUGUUUUUCCAUGUUUUUAUUUCUGUAAAGUCAGAAAUUAAUCUAGAAGUGAAAAGUCCACAUGUUACAGGUUAUAGGACUCACAGUUACAGAUUUUUAAAAAAUGAAAAGAUUUUGAGAAAUAUACUACAUUCAUCAAAUACAGAAGUCUACAAAUUUAAAGUAGUGAAAAAUGUUAGUCCAUCUCCCUAAUAUGUUAUCGUAGACGCCUGAGAUAGGAGGUGUUUGGUCACCUAUGGUAACUGUUACCUGGUGAAAAGCAUAAUUUCUGCAUAUCCAUCCUCAAUGCCAUGGUUAGUUCUGGGGCAGUAGAGAAGCAACAGAACUACCACAAAGUAUACCUCAAUAUAAUUCCUCUAGUUCUGCUUCUAAAAUUUGAAGGCAAUGCUAGUGGGAUAAUAAUUUUCAAACUACCUGGUUAACCAAAAUACAAAAGCAGCUGACUGUGUGUGAUUUCAUGUAUCACAUUAUGUCUUGGCACCUUAGUGCCAGGAAUGAUGAUCUGGAUUUUCCUAACAACUUAUAUCAAGAGUACAGUAGCUUAAUAUUGAGAAUUUAGGAGAACCUGAAUUCAUGAAUGAAAUAAUGAAUGUGAUUCACAUUUCUGUUACUGUGACACAAUAAUGUGAUCCUAAAACUGGCUUAUCCUUGAGUAUUUACAGCUCGAAUGACUUGUUAAAUACAGUAGUUUAAAGAGAAGACAAACUUUUAUGUCAAAUUAUUUCCUUAGAAGUAGUCUUCAUUAUUAUAAAUUUGUACACCAAAAAGGCCAUGGGGAACUUUGUGCAAGUACCUCAUCGCUGAGCAAAUGGAGCUUGCUAUAUUUGAAUUUCAGAAAAUUUUCUCAUUUAAGUAGCAUGUAGAAUCAAGUCUUUUAAGAGUUCAUUUUUUUUUCUUCAUAGUAUUUACUCAAACUUAAGGUUCAAAAAUAAGCUUUAUCUAAAAAUCAUAUUUUUAAGACAGUAAGAUGGUAAACUAUUUUAGGAAAUCAACUCCCAUUGUGUUCCGUGGCUGUCAUUCUAGUAAACGUAGAUAGUGGUGAACUGAAUCUACAGAGAUGUCCCAAAGUGACCAAGCAAAGGAAAUUACAAAUGUGUAACUGAGCUUUAAAGAGUGUAAGGUGUUAUCAAAGAAAGUAAGCUGAGCACAAAUUAAGAAGGGAGAUUGAAAUUUUGGGGUAGUCAAAUAGAAAGGACUAAAACUCUUUAAAAUGGUUUGUAAGUAGUGAAUUUACAAUUCAGAUGUAAUUUCAGCUGGAAUUUUUAUAUACUUUGCCAGCUGAAACAAGAAAGUGAAGGGACAAUUAAAUUUCAUAGUCAAUGUCUGGUAAUAGAAGAAAUUCUAUCUACACCUUACCUUGUAGCAGAAGCACCUGGAAGCCCUAGUCCAUUACAGAAGUGUGGAUGGGGCCUCCUGACAAGUCAGUUUCUCUUUUCCUGUGAUUUGAAGCACAGAAGUUCUAGCAGGUUGUGAGUCACAUUGGGACAGCAUACAGUUUUAUUCUAGUGUACUUUAAUGUUCUCACCAAGGCCUUGUCCAGAAUAAAAGUUGGUACUGAAAUUAUCUGGAAACUAGAAAACAAUGCAUGCAAAGGGCUAAUAAGAAAAGCUCUGAGUGAUUAAGUCUGCUGAAGUAAGGUAAGAUCCUUCGGAGAAAAUAGUAAGAAAGGAUAAUCAUUAAGAUAGUAAAAUUAGCAAAGCAGAAAUCACAGAUGCACACAUAGCAAUAGAAUGCAUAAAUUUUAAUAGUUUCUCUGCUACCAGUUUCUAGAUAAAUUAAUCACUGAAUAUUUUCUGCCAAGGCUCAUUUAAUUGAGACAGUAUCCAUAAAGCUAGGAAUAAUGCCACAUGCUUUCAAUGGGAUCUUUUAAGUACUCUUAAAUUCUUUUAGAGAAAUGUGCCUAUUUAAAUCAAUUUGUAUUUAAUCCAUGAUUUCUCUUUUAAAAAUACUGAAAUAAUCUUUGAGACUAAUUGUUUCAUCAAAAAUUCUGCAAUGAACCAUUGGUCAACCUCUGAAAAUAAAAAUUUUUAAAAUUAUU